UUGCUUACUAAAUUAAUGAAAUACAAAAAUAAUCGUGGUUUUAUUUUACAAAUACAGUUCAGAACAUUUUUACGUUGAAAAACUUGUGUGUGUGUGUCGAAAAAAAGGAUUAACAGUGCAAGGAUAAUUGAAGUUAUAUACAAGUUUAGUUUGGAGAACAUGUUUGGCACCAUAUUGAAACUAUUGACGCUCUGUGCGCUGGCGCAUUCCAUAAGCUCGCAUACGCUUAGGCCUCAGCAACAGCAACAGGUGCCCAUAAGCCCCGAGCAAAAGUAUUUGCUGGUGCGUGGCGAUGUGAGCACAUCCAGCACGGAGCAAAUGGAGUUUAAUGAUGCCGCCAGUCUGCUGCUGACCGCCUUUAGGCAUGCACAUCCGCAGACAAUGCAGCCAGCGCUGCAGGAAUGCAGCGAUCCUAGUCACAAGGCCAGCUUCACCUUCAUUGAUUACUUCAUACUAUUGGCCAUGUUGGUCGUAUCGCUGGGCAUAGGCAUCUUCUAUGGUUUCUUUCAAACCGGUGGCAGCUCUUCGGAUGAGUUUCUGCUUGGCUCGGGCAUGAAGCUGUUGCCCGUUACGUUGAGUUUGACCACCAGCUUCAUCACUGCCAUUGAGCUGCUGGGCAAUCCCGCUGAAAUGUAUUUCCAGGGCACACAGUUUGUGAUCAUUGUGGUGCCAAUGGUGCUGGUCAUACCGGUAGCUGUGAAGAUCUUCUAUCCCAUUUAUUUUAAAAUGGAGCUCACCAGCUGCUAUGAGUAUUUGGGUAUACGCUUUGGCAAACAGUUGCGUCUACUGGGCGCUCUGCUCUAUGUUAUUCAGAUGUGCUUCUAUACCGCUGUGGCUGUCCUAGCCCCCGCUAUAUCCUUGUCUGCGGCUACAGGCUUGAAUACCAAAAUUGCCGUUGUGCUGAUCUAUGUUGUUUGUGUCUUUUACUCCUCUAUGGGUGGCAUCAAGGCGUGUGUCAUCGCCGAUUCCUUUCAGGCCGCUGUGCUGGCUGUAUCCUUGGUGCUUCUGGUGGGUCUCGGCACCUUCUAUAGCGGUGAUCCCAUAGAGAUUUUCAGCACCGCCGCCGAUCGCAGUCGCUUGGAGUUUUUCAACUUUGAUCCGAAUCCAACGACACGGCAUACAGUCUGGUCUGUGGUUAUUGGCGGCUUCUUCUACUGGACCUCGCUAUUCUGCACCAAUCAGGCUUCAGUGCAAAAAUGCAUGUCCCUAAAGUCCUUAAAGUUGGCCAAAAUAGCGUUGGGCUUUGCCAUCAUAGGCCUAAUCCUGGUCUUCUUGCUCAACUUUUAUACUGGACUCAUGGUGUUCAAUCAUUAUGCCGACUGUGAUCCUUUGAGCGUGUCGCGCAUCACGGCCUCGGAUCAGCUGCUGCCCUACUAUGUCAUCAAUACUUAUGAGCAGGUUUACACUAUUGCUGGCAUCUUCGUAGCAGGAAUAUUUGCCGCCAGCUUGGGCACUGUGGCCUCCGCCUUGAACUCUUUGUCUGCUGUCACCUGCGAGGAUCUGUUAAUCAAUGGACUGAACAUUAAGAUUUCUCCGGAGAAAGGCGCCACAUAUGCCAAGUGGAUGUCACUGGGCUAUGGCAUAGCCUCGUUUGGUUUGGUCUUCAUAGUGGAGCACUUGGGUGGCGUGCUGCAGGCUACGCUAACACUAAAUGGACUCAUUGGCGGUGUGACCUUGGGUCUCUUCGUGCUGGGCAUUGCCUGCAAGCAGGCGAAUGCCAAAGGCGCCUUCUAUGGUGGCUUGCUGUCGCUGGCGCUGGUCGUCUUCAUCGGCGUCAUGGCGCAGCUGGGCAGCGUCGAGACUCCAACAUUACCCACUUCGGUGGAGCUUUGCAAUUGUCAUAUGAAUGUGACUGGCAUUAUAGAAGAGCUGCUAACCGAGAGCUUACAGCCGUUGCCAGCAGAGGGUUUUGCCUCCUGGUCCAUAUUUCGGCUGAGUUACAUGUGGUUCAGCAUGAUCGGCUGUCUACUCACAGUCUUUCUAGGCUGGCUCUUCUCUCUAAUUAUUGAAAUGAUUGAACGACGCAGCGUGCUGCGCAUCACCAGCAAGGGCAUUGAUAAUCCCGCUCUGUCGGAGGAAGUCUGCAAGGCUGAGCCCACUACAGUGCAGUUAAGUACUACGGUUAAGCCCCUGGACACAAGCGGCGACGAGGGACAUGUUAAUCUAGCCAUACGAUUGGACGAUGAGACAAGCGACAAAUAAAUCAAAAUUCAUAAACAGACGAAUUAUUCCUAGUGUAACGCUAACCUCCAUGUACAAAGCUGUUGUUGUUGUAGUAGCCUGUAGUCGACAUCGAACCUAAACAAGUCUAUAGUUACUUAUGUAUAAACCUAUAUACCUAUAAUAUGUGUAAGCAUAGUCGAAAGAGUGAUUUUAUUUCUAGUUGUCUAAGCACGUUGGUUAACCCGUUGGUUGCCCCUAACUUUUGACAGUAUUUUUUGCAACUAAUAUAUUGUAUAUUUUUACUAGUGUCUAAUGCUUAUC